AUGGGCAACUCCCAGACCAAGGAGUCGCGAACGACUACUCCACGACGUCGAAGUCAUCAAUGGUCGCCAGGCGCGUCCGAUACCCCCGGUCGUUCGGUAUACCAGUCUUCUCGGUCAGGCCGAGGGAGUCGCCCGGAUCUCUCUUUGCUCGGCAUCGGCAGCAGUCAUGACCGUGACGUGGCUGCUCUUGAGCAACGACGAGAGACGAAACAGGAACGAGACGCCCGUCGACUGGAGAAGGAACUUGUAGCUCGUGUGAAGGAGCGGGAGCACAGCAUGAAAGAGGAACAUGUUGAUGGUGGCUAUCUUGUAACACAGGGUGUCUACGUGGGGACGGAGGACUUCAACAAGGCCGUCGUGCGUCAACUAAUGAUUGAACGUCGACUGGCCCCGUUCUGGAGAGGGCUCAACGAUUUCUCUGAAUCAUGGGCUGAGCACCAGCUGAUGGCCGCGGCCCGGGAAUGCCUAUCCCCCCCACCCGACGAGAUCCCACCCGAAUUAGAAUACACUCUGCCCAAGGCAUCCGAGAAUGAAUCGCGCGACCCAUCAAAUAUCAAUCAUCUCACGGUACCGAUCACUUCCCGUUCCCAGUCCCUCAACUCGGAUGUUUCACAGAGCUCCAUCCCCGCCCAAUCAUUACCUACAACAUCUCCGAUCGCAUCCGGCACCUCGGCUUCGCCUCUUUUCCGUACCAGAGCGAAGACCCUGGCAGCCCUGACGACAUCAAGGUAUGGGUCACAGACAGAUUUGACGCCGCGUGAGCUGCAACUACCCAAGGACCCCUUCGUCAAUGGGUCGCCGAUCGAAGUAAUUUUGUACAAGGACGCCAGCGAAUGUCCUAUCUGCUUCCUGUACUAUCCUCGAUACCUGAACCAUACGCGAUGCUAUCAAACGGCCGGAUCCGCAUCCCCGGAGCACGGCGAGGCCGAUUCCAAUGCUCCAUCCGCACCGGAGGGCGAACAGGCUGAUACAGAAGGACAGCUCGUGUCGGAGCCUUCUGCGUGUCCUUUCUGUGUUCAGCCUGAGUUCGGAGUUACCUACGCACCACCUCCUUUUAAACGAGGCUUGACCUAUGCUGCGGACCCAAGCGCUCGUCCCUCUCCCAUGUUCACUUCUCCUGUAUCCUCUACAUCCUCUUUGUCCUCGGCAAACCUUGCCCCAAUGAUAGGUCGGCGCCGUGCGACGUCAUUAUCUGCCACUGACCCUUCGGUGGUCACAACGGACAAGGUCCGCCCAGACUGGGCCCAGAAGCUGGCCAACGCCAGGGCUCACGCCGCUCGCCGAUCUGCUGCUGCGACCGCCCUUCACACGGCAGCCUAUUUGAUGAACAACGGGCAGUCUGGGAGCGACAGUCGUCACCUUGGGCUCAGUCGGAGAGGAUUGCGGAGAGCUACUCAAGGGGACUCCGGCCGGACCGGCUCCCCUGCCCUAAAUGCAUUGGCUUUUUUGACUGAUCGACCGGACCGAACACCACCUCGUGCGGCUGUCCUAGAUACCGACUCCGCCGAAGAAGGCGCAAAUAUUGCACCGCCGCGGGAUAGCUCGAGACGCACCCGGAUGGACGAUCUCGAAGAAAUGAUGAUGAUGGAAGCGAUUCGGCUGAGUUUGGCUAGCGAAGAAGAGCGCCGAAAGCGAGAGGAAAAAGAGAUCAAGAAAGAAGCCAAGAGACGGGAGAAGGAGAAGGAGAAAGAGGCCAAGAAGGCGGACAAGGUGGCUCGCAAGACUGGCUUGUACAGCAACAACCCUAGUACCACUGCGCUCUCGGUUCCUGGCGAAUCUCGGAUAGGUUCUUCGAUCGCGGAAGACACUUCCGUUGGCAAGGGCAAGGCAGUCGAUCGGGUGGCGCCUUCAAUAGCCGUAGACUCUGGCCUGCUAGGCUCGUCACCGAGUGCCUCCUCCGCGGAGACUAUCCCGGAGAAUCCGGCCGCUGAGCAGACCUUGAGCGCCGAGCCAUUGCGACCUUCUCAUCUUCGGCACGUGUCCAGUGCAUCGUCGUCCUUCUCAUCGAUUAUGGAAGCGACCGCAGAUGAGCGCACGGGAAGUCACCUUACCGCAGAUGGAAGCAAUACUUCGUUGGAGCCCAUGUUCAACUUCCGCAGCCUGGCCGAGGUCAUCGGCGAUGAAGAGAAAAGUCAGGAGGCAGACUACGUCGAGGAUACUUCUGUCUUUCCCAAAGCGGAGGGCUCUUCGAGCGCGACACCGUCAGUCCACCAGCCCUCCGCCGAUCCUGAAAAGACCGAGUCUCAGCCUGCUUCCAUUCCUCAAGUGGAAGUUGAAGAUAGCUCUCAUGGCAUGCUACCCAAGGAGCUCGAAACUCGCUCUGUCGAGAUUACUGGCACUACACCAGACACCGAAGCUACCUAA